GUGGUAGGCAAGGAGGGGCGGAGGGAGGAAGCUGGCUUCCUGAAGCCUUCUCAGCCCUCAAACAGACAGACAGACAGCUGCCAGGAGGCAGGAGGCCUGGGGGGACACAGCCACUCCAAUGGUCACCCUGGCUGAGUGAGCCUGCUCUGGGCCCUUCACUCGGCCCCCCGGGCCCCAGCCCAGCAUGGUCCAGGCCUGUGGGGAGUGCUCCCGAGCUCAGCAGACCGCUCUGCGACAGGGGGCAGCCAUGGCCCAUCCCCCUGCCCCCAGCUCUACAGGCAAGAAACACAUCAGACUGCAGGAGAGGAGAGGUUCCAAUGUGGCUCUGAUCUUGGAUGUGAGCUCUCUGGGGGCAGUGGAGCCCAUCUGCUCAGUGUCCACACCCCGAGAGCUCACGCUCCACUUCCUAAGGACCGCUAAGCACCCCCUCACCCGCUGGGCCCUGCAGCACCAGCCACCCAACCCCAAGCAACUGGAGGAAGAGUUCUCGAAGAUUCCCCCAAACUUUGUCAAUCCUGAAGAACUGGACAUUCCUGGCCAUGCCUCCAAGGACCGAUACAAGACCAUCUUACCAAAUCCUCAAAGCCGUGUCUGUCUUGGGCGAGCACAAAGCCAAGAAGAUGGGGACUACAUUAAUGCCAACUACAUCCGAGGCUAUGAUGGUCGUGAGAAAGUUUAUAUCGCUACCCAGGGCCCCAUGCGUAAUACUGUGUCUGACUUCUGGGAAAUGGUGUGGCAAGAGGAAGUGCCCCUCAUCAUCAUGCUCACCCAGCUUCAGGAGGGCAAAGAGAAAUGUGUUCACUAUUGGCCUACAGAGGAGGAAACCUAUGGGCCAUUCCAGAUACGAGUCCAGGAUGUGAAUGAACGCCCAGAAUAUAUUGUCCGGCACCUUACCAUUCAGCACCAGGGGGAGUGUCGUCCAGUAAAGCAUGUCCUCUUCUCUGCCUGGCCUGAUCACCAGACCCCGGAGUCAGCUGUGUCCCUCCUACACCUGGUGGACGAGAUAGAGGAGAGCCCGGAUGCAGCAGCCAGCUCUGGGCCAAUUGUGGUCCAUUGCAGUGCUGGGAUUGGCCGGACUGGCUGCUUCAUUGCCACACGGAUUGGCUGCCAACAGCUGAAGGCUCGAGGGGAAGUAGACAUUCUGAGCAUCGUAUGCCAGCUUCGGCUGGACAGGGGUGGGAUGAUCCAGACCAGUGAGCAGUACCAGUUCCUGCACCACACCCUGGCCCUAUAUGCUGCCCAGCUGCCUGAGGAACCAAAUCCAUGACCUUCUGGGACCAGGCUGAAGAGGUGACAUAGGUCAUAUAGCAUCCAGACUGAACCCAGCCAGAGAGGGGGGAACUUUCUCCUUAAAGUCCUAGAACUUUGCCCUCUACCUCUGUCACACCCCUGUUCCCAGGGUCUCUGAUCCUAGAACUGGCAUUGUUCCCUCCGAUGCCCCAAGUUGUCAUUCUCCUUUCAUGUCCCUGGGAAGGACUUGGUAUCCUGGAUCACAAACUCACUGACUGGCAGAUGGAGGAAUGAAGGAGUCAUGGGUAUCAGAAGGAGGCCUUUUGUGACCCAGAAGGCAAUCCUUGCACCAGAGUGGAGAGUUGAUCCUCCUCCUGCAGCCAGAGAUACCAGGGCUUUUAUCUUACCUUCUUGUCUUGUUUUCAGUUUCCUUAAAUGGACAGCAAGGACUUUACCCCUGUUUGUGUGCCUAAUUCCCAAGCCCAUAACCUGCUUCGAGCUCAGUGAUCUGAGUUGCCAAUAACAGCAAGCCUGAAGGAGAAAACCAGGGGUGUCCCAUCCCCUCUGGCAUGCGACUGAUGUGCCGGGCUUCUUCUCCUCUGCCAUGGAGGAUCUUGUUUGUGUUCGGAGAUACUAAGGACAAACAGAGCUUGGGGAAAUUCCGGGAAACUAUUUCUGCCUUAUCCCCCCCCCUCCCCUCCAAGGCACUAGAAAAUAUUCCUUGCCCACCCCUCCACCCACUCCUUUUGGGGAGCUUUGUAACACAAAGGAGUCCUGUACAAAACCACCCAUGCAGAGCUCAACACAUAGAAUGCCAAUCAGCCCGAGUGAUGUUAAGCUCUUUAGGCCACACCCUGAUCAAGCUUUCCAAAGUCCUAGAGAUGCUGCCCUUCUCUCUCCAUCAACCAAUCUGUGUGCACUGGAGAUUCCCUAUGAAGGCAAAACAACCCAGUUCUUUCCCUGUAUCCUUAUCUUGGGUCCUGGGACCAUGAUGAAGAGAUGGCCCAGGCCAUGUGGCAUCUAGCCUAAAACCAUGUUGGGGAUAAAGGGGAGAUGGGGAGGAGAAGGGAGAGGGGAAGGUGAAAAUAAGUUCCUCUUGAAAUAUCUGGAGAGGUAUCCUCUCCCUCUCUGAUACCAUUCCUAGCUGCCAUUCUCCAGGAACGUUUCUCUAGAAUAAUCACACCAACAAACUAAGGUCCAAAAGAUCCAGUCCAAUAAAGCAAUAAAGCAUUUAUUAAGUGCCUCCUGGGUGCUAAGCACUGAGCUAGGCACCGGGGAUAGCGGUAUGAAGAAUGGAAAAAUGCUGACUCACCCACCUGGAGCUGAAUUUUAAUAAAGGAGAAAAGCACAUAUAUAAAUAUAUACAGCAUAAAUAUAAGGUGAAUAAAGAUAAAUGUAUGCAAAUUACUUCAAUAAAAAUUGGGAGAAUCAUUAAGGCUUACUACAGAAGAUGGUCAAUCCAAACCCAGAGAUAGCAAAAAGGCUUGGAUGAAGCUAGGUAGCCUAGUGGGUAGAGCAUGGGACUCAGAGUCAGGAACCUGAGUCUGAAUCCUACCUCAAACACCAGCUGUUUAACCCUGAGCAAAUCACUUGACCUUUCUAGGUCUGGAUUUCAUUGUGUAUAAAAUGGGUAUAAUAACAGGAUUGUUAUGAAGACCAAACGAAAUGAUUGUAAAGUGCUUAGCAUAGUGCGUGGCACAUUGUAGGCACUAUGGAACUACUAGUUGUUAUUCUUAGCUACUAUGAAGAGGGGAGGAGGAAAUAGGGGGCCUAUUCUAGCUUCAAGUCCCUUUCUUCUACCCAAAGCUCUUCUGGAGGGUCAAUUUGGCUCCAAAUACAAUCUAGGACUCGCUGCCACUCUGCUGGAUCUGGCACGGAUCCAGCUUCCUCUGAGGCCUAAAUUCUCAAAGCAAUCCAACUUCCCAGGUGUCUCCAGGAAUAACAGCACCACAUUCUUGAAGAGAGGGGACUAUAUUAGACCUAAGCAUGGAGGAAGGUCUGGCUUUUCUUCCAUGACAUCUCACAUCAAUGUGGAUGUGGUAGUACCAUCCAUGGUUCUCAAGGAGAGCCCCCUUACUCAUGACCCGUUAUUCCUCAAAGAACAGUCUUAAAAGAUCUUGCAUGGGAAAAAAAAAACAACUUAGAAAUAAAUUUUUUUAAAAAAGAUCUUCCCUGCCCUUACUGGGGAAUUCCACACAGAGAAUUUGACUUCUUGGAAUGCUCUUCUUUUCUGACCCCUGCAAGCUGGGUGCAUCUUUGUAAAUAAAAGAAGCUGGGGGUAGGUCUCUCAAGUGCCUGAUCUUAUCCUGAACUCACCCAGCAGAGAGAGAAGCUAGGGGGAAUUUCCAUGCCACCUUCUCUUGUCCCUAUCCCACCCCUGUCUGCCUUUUCCCUUCUGUCUCCUUUGAGGUCUAGAAACAAGAAAGUUCCGAGAAGGUAAUCAAGUGGAAAAAUUAAAAGUUCUUGAACUACAAAGUUUCUUCCUUGAUACAAGAAAGAAAUACUUUUGUGCACAAGUAUGAAGUUUUAAUCUGGCCUCAGACACUUGACACUUAUUAGCUGUGUGACCCUGGGCAAGUCACUUAGCCCCAAUUGCCUCACCAAAAAACAAAACAAAACCAAAAACAAGUAUGAAGUUUGUUGCUGAGGUUCACCUGUCAAUCAGAUAUAUGUCUUGGCAAUGGAUUUACUCUGAUCUGGGUCUUUAUGGGUUAUAGGUGUCCAGGCCUAAGAGUGUCACUUGUAGGCAAGCCCUGGACCUGUUAGUACAUCUCUGGUCAACUGAGUUUCCUAGACAAUGGUAUUUAGCACAGAUUUCCCCCUCCCCCAGCCCCUUCUUCUCAAGUCUAUUCCUUUAGGGCUCAUCAUUCUCCUGGAAACAAAUCGGAACCCUGAAGGACUUGGGGUUUAUCUGUGGAGAAGAAGUAAAAUUCUGGUGCCUGAGAAUUCACAUGCCCUCCCCCUCCCCACCAAAGCAAGGAGAUAAUUCUUUUUUAGGAAAAGUAGCUGCCUUUCUGGGAGGUCAUUGUGGUAUAGAGAUGAGAAGGAUGGAUUUGAAAAGACCUAAUUUCAAAUCUCACAAUCACUUGGUACUGGUGUGGUCAUGGGCAAGUCACUCUGAGUAUUCAUUUCUUCAUCUGUGAAAUGGGAAUUAAACACACUUGUAACACUUCCUUCUCAUAAGGUUGUGAGGAAAGUAUUUCGUGAACCUUCAAGUGUCAAGUAAAUACCAGUCAAUGAACUUUUAUUAGGUGUCUUCUA